GCUGCUGGCCGCUCAGAGCAGCUCUCAGCUCCGCACCGCUGUGGCAGCCUUCUCGCCUUUUGUUAGCUAGCUUGGAAGGUACCAAGAAAGACAGAGCCGCAUCCAUGCACUAGCGUACUUUUUGGAAAAUGAUCAUCUGUACGAAUAAAAUGGAAUACCCCCUUAGAACCCAAUGCCAGCGAGUCCAAAAACAGGUGAUGGUGAACACUGAGAAGGAGCGAGUGUCACUGUUGUUCAUGAAGGCUCUGGUCAGCAGGGGGAGCGUGGACGCCGUGUCCCAGCAGAUGGCCUCUCACCCUCAGUACUUGGAGAGCUUCCUGCGCACACAGCACUACAUCCUGCACAUGGAUGGCCCCCUACCACUGCCAUACCGCCAUUACAUCGCCAUCAUGGCUGCAGCACGGCAUCACUGCAGCUACCUAGUGUCUCUCCACUCAGCCCAAUUCCUGAGGGUAGGGGGGGACCCACUGUGGUUGCAGGGUCUGGAGGCAGCUCCUCCUCGCCUUCGCCUGCUUGACCACAUCAACAAGGUGCUGGCCCACCAACCCUGGCUCACUGCCUGCUCACACAUCCAGACGUUGCUGAAGACAGGAGAGCAGUGCUGGUCACUGGCUGAGCUGGUGCAGGCGGUCGUGCUCUUGGCUCACUGCCACUCCCUGUGUAGCUUUGUGUUUGGCUGCGGCACAGACACCGACUCUGUCCCUCUCCCCAAAUCUCCCAACGGCACACCACCGACCUUCUGCCCCUUUGAUGCUGCCAACGGCAAUGCCAAUGUGCCUCUGUCCCUCGCCACUCCCUCAGAGCACAUGACACGACGACGGUCUCUGGACUCCAGUUGUGACAUGGUGUGUCUGAAAGAAAAGAUUCAGAAGUCCCAGGAAGAGAGGGAGAAAAGAGGGGAGCGGCUCCUGCAGUCCCAGACACUCCAGCAAACAGAUAUGGAGGAAGAGGAGGAGAUGAUGUACUUUGCAGACCCCUCACGUUUUAUCACAGACCCUGACUUUUGCUAUCAGGAGUUUGCCCGUCGGGAGGAGGACCACUUCCAAGUGUUUCGAGUACAGGACUAUUCUUGGGAGGACCACGGCUUCUCCUUGGUCAACAGGUUGUAUUCGGACAUCGGGCACCUGCUGGAUGACCGAUUCCGGAGCGUCACAACCCUUCCCUCAUCCCACAGCGCCGAUCUGAAGAGGGCUAUCUGGAAUUACAUCCACUGUGUACUAGGAAUACGCUAUGAUGAUUAUGAUUAUGGGGAAGUCAACCAGCUGCUGGAGAGAGAUCUGAAGCUCUACAUCAAGGCAGUGGCCUGCUUUCCAGACGCUACCAAGACCUCAGUCUGUCCGCUGCCGUGGGCCCCACUCAAACCUUCAGAGAGGAUACAUGUGAAUCUACUCAUCAUGGAGGCCCGGCUGCAGGCGGAGCUCCUCUAUGCCCUGAGAGCCAUCACUCAGUACAUGAUUGCCUAAGUGCUCGGAGUCGACACAAAGUCAAACUCUCCAGCGGUACGGAGAGACCAAGUUUGGAGAUAUGAGGAUUAAAUUGUUUUCAGCAGCAAACAAUGAAACGGGGAGGAGAGAGGCACUUACAAGGAUACAGAGAAUCAUCCAUUUGCAGCCACGACUCAUGAAUGUGUUCCCUUGUAAUUCUUAAAGCAAACAGGUUUGUGCGUCUGUCAGAGUGCGGCUCGGGCACUGCAGUGAGUGAAACCUCUGUAUGCGAAACCAUUUUUCUCUCCCCCAUCCCCCUUCUGGAAGGAUGGGCCCCGAUCUUCAAAUUCUGGCUUUGUGAUGUCCUCAUAUCGAACAUUUCGUCUCUCAAAGGUUAUGUGCAAUUAUUAUUAUUUUAAUUGUUUUUAAUUUGUACCUGUUGUUUUGUGUUCCAACUUAAAUCUGUGACAAAAGCAGAGAGUGCUUCAUCGUAGCAAUAUGUUACCAGUGGCCGGCACUCUCGUUUGAUGGAUCACCAGUCCUUUUUGUAUUCAGCUAUGCGUUCCUCUAAAAGAAAUUAAUGGUUUUGUACAAGUUGAAUGAAUGUUAUUGGGAGAGCUGGCCAAAUUUUGUUUUUUGUUUCCUUUUUGUUUUGUGACAAUCCAAGUCAGUGUUGGCGGACAACUUCAAGUGGGUGGUGUCGUUGUUUUCCUCUAAAAGAUCCCUAACAUUUCAUAUUAGUGCUGGUCAAGAACAAACAGAAAAGUGACACUGCUGGAAGUUAUCACAUCACUAUAGUUUCUUUUAAUAAGCACUUUUUUUUUAACUUUAUAUAUUUAUAAUGCAAGGUAGCUCUAGCAAAAAUUGAGACCCACUGUAUGUGUGUAUGUAUGUAUGUAUGUAUGUGUGUGUGUGUGUGUGUAUGUGUGUGUGUGUGUGUGUGUGUGUCUGUGUCUUUUGCCUUUCUUGUCCACUGUAUGAUGUGUAACACAGCUUCUUGAGGCUGUUUGUCCUCCCAACUUUCAGGCUUGGCUCUAAUUAUAAACCCCACAUUGUGAGUGUAUUAUUAAGAGGGUAUUCCUAAUGGAAUUAUUGGUAUUUGUGCUACAGAGACAGACUUGGCAGGCAAACAUGUUUGCCAAGCUAUUUAAAACACACAAUCUAAAAAUCAAAAGUAAAAAAAAAAUAAUCACACAGUGGUUGGUGAACUGUUUUGUACAGUGAAGAAUAAGCUGAGCCAUUAGCAAUUUCUUUUUUUUUUUUUUAUCAUAAAUAUAUAGUGACAUGCUUUGGCAGUGAUCAAAUGAAGGAGAUUUUAUCUCAGACCAAAGGUCAAGAACACCUCAGCCAACCACAAAAAUUAUGACACAUGGACGAGUGAGAAUAUGCCCAAAGUAGAUCUGCAAGUGCUGUUGAGUUCACAGUUACUCAAUAGUAAAGAUUAAUGCUCAAAUCUGUUUUGUCAUACUAUUAUUAUUUUUGGUCAGCUGUGUUAAAACCAGUUACCAGUCACAUCCAUGGUACAGUUUGGAAAGCAGAACAAUGUGCAGGCUAGUUUUUUUUAAAACACUUGUAUCUUAUUUUUCCUCUCUGUCACUAUUUUUUUUUCUACAAAGUUUUGUAAACUAUAGCGUACUAUGAUUGUUCUCUUGUUUCUGGGUUUGAAGCGAAGUCCUGCUCGUCGUGCCGCACCCUGGAUAGAUGUAGUGGUGUGGGAGACUCUUUAGGGUUAGCUGUUAGGAACCGCAGGACUUAGAGAGAAAUAGAAGUGCAUAUCGACAAAAGCAAAAGCGCUGUAACACAGGUGCCUUUAGGCUAAAACUGGAGUGUUGCUGAAGUGGAGGGACGUGACUACUGUGGGCUGAAUGUGAGCUUUGGUUGCAGCUGCCAUCGCUGGUGGUGACUAAGAAACAUACCCUCCUAACAAAAGUAAGUGGGGACUUUCCUGCACUGAUGGGAACCAUUUCAAAGUGCUAUGGACCUCUUUUGGUGUUCAACACCGUUUUCAACAUCAUCACGGCUGUGAAUGCCUGUGGUUCUAUCAGACACCUCUUACCAAGCCCCAGCAACUCAGCAAGAGCCUCUGACACAGAUGGAUGUUACAAUUGUUCAGAUUUACCACAUAAAUGAAUGGACAAUAAAUUUAAAAAAAAAUAUGAACAAGUGAGAAAAAGACAAAAAAAUUGUUUUGUUUUGUUUUUUUGGAAAUGUGAAGAAUUGUUUUCUAUAAAGAUGCUAUAUCAAUAA